AUGGGGCACAUUGCUGAGCCUACCGGCACUGUGGUGAUUGGCUGCAAAGUGUUGCCGAUCUUCAAUGAGCAUGGCAUUGUUGACAGUGCAAUGAAGAAGAUGGUGCAUAGGAUUGAUGGCAAGAAGGCAGUUGCGCGGGUUAAGGAGCUUCUGAAACGGGCUGCCCAGGCCAGGCCUCACAGCGCCACUGUCAGUGGAAAGAAAUGGAAGAAGGUUCUGAGCUUCCACGCAAGGGACAGCGCUGCAGCCACAACAGCCUCAAAGGGAGGGCGGCAACAGCAACAGAAGAAGCAGCAGGUGGCGAGCGACGAGAUAAGCUGCAGCUCGGGCAAGCUGAGCUUCAAGUGGGACGUGGGCAGCUGCUCCUCGUCAUCGUCGGUUGCGUAUUCACCGUUGUCGUUGAUGUCAGCGCCGGCAAAGGCCUCGGAGCAGACGCUGCUGACGCCAUUGAGGAAAUACUACUGCAUGUCAAGGCUGUCAUCCAUGAGCCAGCAGAGUAUGUUGUAUGGCGGCGGCAGCCCAAAGAGCUUGAAGAACAUGGAAGGAGAGGAGGAGGAGGAGGCCUGCAGCUGCAGGACUGCGCAGUGGAUCACCACCGAUUCAGACUUUGUGGUGUUGGAGCUGUAA